GCUAACUAGUGCCCACACCGGGAUCGCCGACAUGCUAGUCGACCAUCCACAUCAUCGGAUACACGCCGUUUACAUUCGCCGAGGUGAUACGAGCAUCGAAGAGCCUGCUCGCCGCUGAAGGACCUUGAACUACGGGAGAAGGUUAGACGCAAGCUGAAACGGGAGAAAGAAAUGGAGGAAGAGCGUCGCAGACAAGAAGAAGAAGACGAGAGAAGAAUGCAGAAAGAAUUACGACGAGCUGAGAAGAAGCACAAGAAAGCGGAGAAAGCAAGGCAGGAAGCCACACUACGUGCGGACUGUCUCUUAUACACAUCUAGAUGUGUAUAAGAGACAGGGUUAGACGCAAGCUGAAACGGGAGAAAGAAAUGGAGGAAGAGCGUCGCAGACAAGAAGAAGAAGACGAGAGAAGAAUGCAGAAAGAAUUACGACGAGCUGAGAAGAAGCACAAGAAAGCGGAGAAAGCAAGGCAGGAAGCCACACUACGUGCGGAAAUGAAGAAGGAUGUGAUGCUGCAUGCGGCUAUGAUGAUGAAGGGGAUCAAAGAUGAUUGGAUUAACAAGUGGAAGUCUGAAGUACUGCCGACGUUGACGGGUGGACGGAACGAUUCGAAAGGCAAGGAGAAGGUCGUUUACGCUUCGGAGAGCGACUAUCACUCAGAUGGUAGUGACGACGGUAGCGACACACGCGUGACGCAAGAAUUGAGCAUAAAGACCAGCGGACUCUGUUUAACCGAGAAACGAAAACGCGCGGAGGAUGUGGUUUUGGAGAACAACCCUCCAAUGGAGCUUCCGCCAAAGCGUACCCCACAACGUGGGGCUGUGAAGUCAUACAAGGCGAACUUACCGAUGACCCGAGCUCGUCAGAAGAGAGCACGUACUCCGACACCAGCAAAGAAGAAGACCCCGGUGAAAACUCCGCUAUCGAAGAUGACAAUGUCCCCUCUGAAGAAGUCACCACCUAGCGGCAGAUUGACCCCGACGAGUCGUACGCUCGCACGCUUGCGUUAUCGUGACGCAAUUAUGUGCGAGCUGAAGGACUGUAAUGCUGAUGAGCUGUAGCGCUUCUGCAAGGAUGAAGGCAUGGUGAAAGUUGACGCGAAUUUUGACUUG